UUCCAGACUUCCAGUUCCCAGAUCCUCCUCUUUCUCUCCAACUUCCAGAAAACAAACAAAACCCACCGAUCUCGCGCGAGCGCCAGCCCGAUGACCGCCCAGGGCUACGCCGUCGAGCUCUACUUCGACCCCGCCCUCGAGAACCAGGUCCUCAAGGCCUGGAACGUCCUUGCCCGCCGGCAAAUCACCAAACACCUCAUCGACAUGCAAUCUCGCCCUCACAUCACCCUCCUUUCCUCCCCCUCCCUCGACCCCCACCGCCUCCUCUCCUCCCUCCGCUCCCUUGCCUCCCGUCAUGAACCUUUCCCUCUUUCCCUCUCCGCUGCCGCCGCCUUCCCUGGCGAUCCUGCUGUUCUCUUCCUUUCCCCUACCCCUUCCCUUUCCCUUCUCUCCCUCCAUUCCCAGCUCUGUGAUGCCCUCCGCAAGGAAUCCUUUGAUGCGCCUGAUGAAUUCCGGGUCGAUUCCUGGGUCCCUCACUGCUCCGUCGCGCAGGACGUUGCCGGCACCCGCGUCGCCGAGGCCUUUUGCAUUCUCCGUGAUCUCAAGCUUCCUGUCACUGGGUAUGUCACUGAGCUUGGAGUUGUUGAGUUCUCUCCCGUGCGUGAGAUCUUCUCGUUCCCGCUCGGGAGUUUGUCUGAAUCUUGAGGUAUUUCCAUUUGAUGGAUUUUAGACGUUGUUGUUGUUGUUGUUGUUGUUAUUGUCUUUUUAUUUUAUUUUCUUAAAAAAAAAUGUGAUCUUUUAUGAUUAAUGAUUCAAAAUUGCAGUCUUUGAUGCCUAGA